GUGAAUCAACCCAACCCAAUAAUUUUAAAAUAUAAUCCACAAACAAACUUGAUCUAUAAAUGUAGCUUUUCGUCACAUAUUCAUUCAUCACUAUCAACUACUCUAAAACCCAUAUAUCAAUUUUAUAAUCUCGAGCCUUGAUAAUUUGUUUGACACACACACAAUGGUGAUGUCUCACGAAGCAAAUAACAUGAAGGUUAUUUUCCUCCCCUUCAUAUCUACAAGUCACAUAAUCCCAAUGGUUGACAUGGCAAGGGUAUUUGCCAUGUAUGGUGUGGAUGUCACCAUAAUCACCACCAAAGGCAAUGCUGCAAUUUUUCAAAAGUCCAUCGACCGUGAUUUCAAUCGCGGCCACUCCAUUAAAACACAUGUUUUAGAGUUUCCGGCAAAACAAGUCGGUCUUCCAGUUGGGGUGGAAACCUUCAACGCCGAUACUCCUCUUGAUAUGUCUCCGAAAAUUUACUACGGACUGGCGAUUCUACAACCACAAAUAGAGAAAUUGUUUGAAGAGUUAGAAGCUGAUUGCAUAGUUAGUGACAUGUUUCAUCCUUGGACCGUGGGAGUUGCAGCCAAGUUAGGCAUUCAAAGAAUUAUUUUCUAUGCUGCGAGUGUUCUCUCUCGAUCUGCAGUGCACACGUUGGAGCAACACGCGACUCACACUAGGGUGGAUCAUGAUUCUGAGAAAUUCACGAUGGUAGGGUUGCCGCAUAAGUUGGAGAUGACUAGAUUGCAGUUACCAGAUUGGAUGAGAAAGUCAAAUGCAUAUGGACAGUUAAUGAAGAUGAUCAAUGAUUCAGCAACAAAAAGCUAUGGUGCAGUAUUUAAUAGCUUUUACGAUUUCGAGGGUGCUUAUGAGGAACAUUACAAGAAUGCAUUUGGAACUAAGUGUUGGAGCUUAGGACCAGUUUCAUUAUGGGCAAACCAAGAUGUUUCUGAUAAGUCGGAAAGAGGAGACACAAAAGUAGAAGAAGGAGAAGAUAGUGAUUUAUUUAAAUGGCUUAACUCCAAGAAAGAGAAUUCUGUUCUCUAUGUAAGUUUUGGUAGCUUAAACAAGUUUCCAUUAUCUCAACUCGUUGAAAUAGCUCAUGCACUUGAAACUUCAAGCCAUGAUUUCAUUUGGGUGGUUCGUAAAAAUAACGACAAAGAAGGUGAUGAUGAAGGUUUUAUGGAGGAGUUUGAGAAGAGAGUGAAAGAAAGCAACAAAGGUUAUUUGAUAUGGGGUUGGGCCCCACAAUUGUUGAUACUUGAGAACCAAGCUAUUGGAGCAAUAGUGACUCAUUGUGGUUGGAACACAAUAGUUGAAAGCAUGAAUGUAGGGUUGCCUAUGGUGACUUGGCCUCUGUUUGCUGAGCAUUUUUUCAAUGAGAAGUUGGUUGUUGAUGUGUUGAGAAUUGGGGUGUCAGUUGGGGCCAAAGAAUGGAGAAAUUGGAAUGAGUUUGGGAGUGAGGUUGUGAAAAGGGAUGAAAUUGGAAAGGCUAUUGGUUUGGUGAUGGAAAAUGGUAAAGAAGCUGAGGAGAUGAGAUUAAGAGCCAAAGGUUUGAGUGAUGAUGCAAAGAAAGCUAUACUUGUUGGUGGGUCUUCUCAUGCCAAUUUGAUACAAUUGAUUGAGGAGCUUAAGACACUCAAACUCCAAAGGCUCAAUGGUAAUUAGGCCAAAAUAAAUGUUUUUGUUGCUUUUAAAAUAACUGAUUUGAAUGCAAAUCACAAGAAUUUGGUAUGGUUCGGCUAGAUGGUAAGUCUGGCCAAUAAUUGUUGUAGACAGGAUUCAAAAUCAGGUUCUCCCGAAUAAUUUGUCCUUAACUGAAACUCAUUAGUCACUUGAGCCUAAGCAGAAGUAGUAUCAUGUUCAAUUUGUUGUUUUUGAUUUAGAAAUGUUGUUUAUAGGUUAUGAGCACAAUGAAGCAGGGUAGUAAUCAAACCAUACCAAUGGACCAUACCUUUUGUCUUUGUUAGCCUUUUUCUUCUUUUAAGCUUUUGAACCUGCUUUAGCAGGUUUUGUUUGUGUAUGUACUUUUUUUCUCAUCCUAGUUACUUCUUGUGCUUAGGAUUGAAAACCAAGUCAUAUCA